AUGGCGUGGAGCUCUUUUCAUUGUUCGUUUCUUUUAGUCAUACCCAAUAUUCCUGCCAAUGCCAAAUGGGCACAGAAUGGCGUAACUGUCGCUGGAAGUUACGGGAAAGGCAAUGACACAAAUCAACUGUACGGAUUUUACUGUCUCUUCGUUGACGAUGAUCAAACGGUGGGCAUCGCUGACUACGUGAAUAAUCGUAUCAUCCAAUGGAAAAAAGAUGACACGAAUGGACAAGUCGUUGCCGGUGGGAAUGGCAAAGGAAGUGGAUUGAAUCAAUUGAAUGGUCCAAUGCAUGUGUUGAUCGACAAAGAGACGGAUAGUCUCAUUAUUUGUGAUAGCUGGAAUCGACGAGUCGUACGAUGGUCCCGUCGUAGCGGCACAACUCAAGGAGAAAUCCUUGUUGGCAACAUCAGGUGUUAUGGAUUGGCUAUGGACGAUCAGAGAUAUCUCUACUUCUCUGGCAAGCACAAAGAUGAAGUAAGACGAUAUCAACUAGGAGACAAUACUGGAACUCUCGUUGCUGGUGACAAUGGCGAAGGCACUGGUCUUAACCAGCUCAACACUUCAACCUAUCUCUUUGUUGAUCAACAACAGACUGUAUACGUGUCAGAUUGGGACAAUCAUCGUGUGAUUAAAUGGAGUAAAGGUGCAACAGAAGGCAUAGUCGUCGCUGGAGGUCAAGGCACAGGGAAUGCUCUGACACAAUUGUCGUAUCCUCAAGGACUGUUCGUCGAUACGUUGGGUACUGUCUAUGUGGCAGAGCAGGGAAACAAUCGAGUGACGCGUUGGCCUCAAGGAGCGACACAAGGCACCGUGAUUGUAGGUGGAAAUGGCGCGGGAGCAGGAGCAAAUCAGUUCUGGGCACCCAUGUGUUUGUCCUUCGAUCGAUAUGGCAAUCUCUAUGUCGUCGAUUAUUACAAUAAACGUGUUCAACGAUUUUCUCUCGAAGGUGAGUUCCGCUGUGCUGUGUGA